AUGGAUAUUUCUAAACCUGUAGGAUCUGAAAUCACAUCGGUGGAAUUCGGUGUGUUACUGGAUAAAGAGAUUAGAAACUUAUCCGCCAAACAAAUCACCAAUCCCAUUGUAUUUGACAAUUUGGGUCAUCCAAUAAGUGGAGGUCUUUAUGAUUUAGCAUUAGGUGCUUUCUUAAGAAAUUUAUGUACAACUUGUGGAUUAGAUGAUAGAUUUUGUCCUGGUCAUCAAGGUCAUAUAGAAUUGCCUAUAGCUGUUUAUAAUCCAUUAUUCUUUAAUCAAUUAUUCUUAUAUAUAAGAUCAUCAUGUCUUUAUUGUCAUCAUUUCAAAUUGAAUGCCUUAGAAGUUCAUAGAUACAGUUGUAAAUUAAGAUUAAUUCAAUAUGGUUUAUUAUUAGAAUGUACUGAAUUGGACAAUAUGUUAGUUAAAGGAAGUAUUGAUGAACUUGAUGAUGAUGAUGAAGCUAUUGAAGAUGAUGGUAAUAAGAAAUCUCUUGAUCCUAAAUUAAAGAGAGAUUUAAUUCAACGUAGAGAAUUUUUCGUUGAUGAAAGUAUUGCUAAAGCUUUAAGUGAAGGAAGAACCAGUGAACAUGGUAUCAACACUGCAUCUAUUGGAGAAGAAAGAAAAUUAACCAUUCAUGAAUUUUAUAAAAAAUUAUUAGCAAGACCAAGAUGUGAUAAUUGUGGAAUGUAUUCACCAACUUUCAGAAAAGAUGGAUUUGUCAAAUUAUUUGAAAAUUCUUUAAGAGACAAACAAAUCACCAAUAAUCGUGUUAAGGGUUUAAAACGUCCUGAUAUGUUAAGAAUUGGUUCUAAUAAAAGUGAUACCAUGCCAAAUAUCAAACAUAAAGAAGGUUCAAAAUAUAUUUUAUCAACCGAAAUUCAUAAUAUUUUGAAUGCAGUUUUCGAAAAUGAACAAGAUGUUCUUAAUAAAGUAUUUAAUUCCCGUCCAAAUCCAACUAAAAAGAUUACUGCUGAUUUCUUCUUCAUCAAAACUCUUAUUGUACCACCAACAAGAUUUAGAUUACCUUCUAAAUUAGGUGAUGAAAUCCAUGAAAAUGCUCAAAAUGAAUUAUUAUCAAAUGUAUUGAAGACUUGUUUAUUGAUUAGAGAUUUAAAUGAUCAAAUUUCAAAUUCAACUAAAGAUAAAAUUACCAUUGAUGAAAGAAAGAUUUUAUUCAACAGAUUAAUGAACUCUUUUGUUACAAUUCAAAAUGAUGUUAAUGCAUUUAUUGAUUCUACUAAAAAUCAAAAUGCUCCUGCUGGUAAAUUACCAACUCCUGGUAUUAAACAAGCUUUAGAAAAGAAAGAAGGGUUAUUCAGAAAACAUAUGAUGGGUAAAAGAGUCAAUUAUGCCGCUAGAUCAGUUAUUUCUCCUGAUCCAAUGUUGGAAACUAAUGAAAUUGGUGUUCCUCCAGUAUUUGCUAAAAAAUUAACUUAUCCUGAACCUGUAACUGCUUAUAAUAUCAAUGAAUUAAGAAAAGCUGUUAUUAAUGGUCCUGAACAAUGGCCAGGAGCAGUUCAAGUUCAAAAUGAAGAUGGUUCACUCGUUUCAUUAAUAGGAAUGAAUACUGAACAACGUAAAACCAUUGCUGAUCAAUUAUUAACUCCUUCAAAUCCUGAUAAUGCUGGUGGUGUUAUUAAUAAGAAAGUUUAUAGACAUAUUAAGAACAAAGAUGUGGUUAUCAUGAAUCGUCAACCAACUUUACAUAAAGCUUCCAUGAUGGGUCAUAAAGUUAGAGUGUUACCAGGAGAAAAAACUUUAAGAUUACAUUAUGCUAAUACUGGUGCUUAUAAUGCCGAUUUUGAUGGUGAUGAAAUGAAUAUGCAUUUCCCUCAAAAUGAAAAUGCUAAAGCUGAAGCUUUAAAUUUAGCUAACACUGAUAGUCAAUAUUUAACUCCAACUUCAGGUUCUCCUUUAAGAGGGUUAAUUCAAGAUCAUAUUAGUGCCGGUGUUUGGUUAACUAAUAAAGAUAGUUUCUUCAAUAGAGAAACUUACCAACAAUUAAUUUAUGGUUGUAUUAGACCUGAAGAUGGUCAUAUUACCCAUAAUCGUAUCAAAACUUUACCUCCAACUAUUUUCAAACCUCAACCUUUAUGGACUGGUAAACAAGUUAUUUCAACCAUUUUACUUAAUAUCAAACCGGAAAAUGUUCCAGGUAUUAAUUUAAAAUCCAAGAAUAAAAUCAAAAAUGAUUAUUGGUCCCCCCAUUCCCAAGAAAAUGAAGUUGUUUUCAGAAAUGGUGAAUUAAUCUAUGGUAUUUUAGAUAAAUCUCAAUAUGGUGCUUCACAAUUCGGUAUUGUUCAUUCAUUACAUGAAGUUUAUGGUCCAACUAUUGCAGGUAAAGCUUUGAGUAUUUUAGGUAGAUUAUUUACCAAUUAUAUCAUGAUGACAGCUUUUACUUGUGGUAUGGAUGAUUUAAGAUUAACUGCUGAAGGUAAUGAAUGGAGAAAAGAUAUUUUGAAACAAUCAGUUGAUAUUGGUAGAAUUGCUGCUAACGAAGUUACUAAUUUAUCUCAAGAUACUGAUGUUAAUGAUGGUGAAUUAUUGAAAAGAUUAGAAGAAAUUUUAAGAGAUGAUAAUAAGUUAGGUAUUUUAGAUGCUAUAACCCAAUCUAAAGUUAAUGCCAUUACAUCUCAAGUUGUUAAUAAAUGUGUUCCUGAUGGAACUAUGAAGAAAUUUCCAUACAAUUCUAUGCAAGCAAUGGCAUUGUCAGGAGCUAAAGGGUCAAAUGUUAAUGUUUCACAAAUUAUGUGUUUAUUAGGUCAACAAGCUUUAGAAGGUAGAAGAGUACCAGUUAUGGUUUCAGGUAAAACAUUACCAAGUUUUAAACCUUUUGAAACUGAUGCUAGAGCUGGUGGUUAUAUUAAACAACGUUUCUAUUCUGGUAUUAGACCUCAAGAAUAUUAUUUCCAUUGUAUGGCUGGUAGAGAAGGUUUAAUUGAUACUGCGGUUAAAACUUCCAGAUCGGGUUAUUUACAAAGAUGUCUUACCAAACAAUUGGAAGGGGUUCAUGUUAGUUAUGAUAAUAGUGUUCGUGAUGGUGAUGGUUCUUUGAUUCAAUUCUUAUAUGGAGGUGAUGCUAUUGAUACCACCAAACAAUCUCAUAUGAAUGAAUUCAAGUUCUGUUUGGAAAAUUAUGAUUCUUUGUUAAAGAAAUAUCAACCUGAUUUAAUUGAUUUCAUUGAUGCUGAUACUGCUAAUAGUUAUGUUAAGAAGUAUAAGAAAUCUUUGAAGAAACAAGGUGAAUUACCUCAUUAUCAAGAAUCUUUGAAAUAUGAUCCUGUUAUUUCAACUUUAAGUCCUUCAAAAUACUUAGGGGCAGUUUCUGAACAAUUCCAAAGUAAAUUAGAAUCUUUCAUUGAUGAAAAUAAAGAAUUAUUUAAGAAUGGUAAAGUUAAUGAUAAGAAAUUCAAAGCUUUGAUGCAAUUGAAAUAUAUGAGAUCUUUAGUUAAUCCUGGAGAAUCAGUUGGUAUCAUUGCUUCCCAAUCUAUUGGUGAACCUUCAACACAAAUGACAUUAAACACUUUCCAUUUCGCUGGUCAUGGUGCUGCCAAUGUUACUUUAGGUAUUCCACGUAUGAGAGAAAUUAUUAUGACAGCUUCUUCAUCAAUUUCAACUCCUCAAAUGACAUUACCUUUGAAAGAUGAAGUUACUAAUGAAUUAGCUGAAAUCUUCUGUAAGAAUGUAACUAAGAUUGUUUUCAGUGAAUUCUUAGUUAAUGUUGAAGUUGUUGAAACUACCUCUAUUACGGCUGAUGGUUCAAAUUCAAGAUCUUAUGGUAUUAAAUUGAAUUUCUUCACUAAAGAAGAAUAUGAAAAAGAAUACGAUGUUGAUCAAGAUUAUUUGGAAAAAAUCAUCAAAACUAAAUUCUUAAGUGAAUUAGAAACCACUGUUACUAAAGAAAUCAAGAAACAAAAGAAGAUUGAUUUACCAAGUGUUGGUAAAGCUUCUAAAGUUACUGAACCAAUCAGUAAGAAAGUUAACAAAAGUGGUGAAGAUGAUGAUGAUGAUGAUGCUGAUGAUGUUAAUAGUGAUGAUGAAGAUGAUAGCAAAGCCAAACAAGCAGUUUCUUAUGAUGGCCCAGAUGAUGAAGAAAUCGAAACCAUGAAAAGAGCAGAAGAAACUAGUGAUGAAGAAAUGGCUGAUUCUUCAAGUGAUAGUGAAAGCAGUGAUAGUGAAAGUGAUAGUGAUAAUGAAGAUAAAAUGCAAGGUAUAAAGAAAGCUAAUGCACCAUUAUCUAAAUCAGCUAGAGAUAGACAAAUUGAAGUUAUCACCAACCAUAAUUUUAUCACCAAAUUCAAUUUCGAUGAUAAUAAUGGAGAAUGGUGUGACUUUGAAAUCAAAUUAGUUGGAAAUUUCGAAAAAUUAUUGAUGGUUAAUAUCAUCGAAGAUUUAAGUAGAAAAGUUGUUGUUAGAGAAGUUCCAAAAAUUGGUAGAUGUUUACAUCCAUCAGGUGAAAGACAUUUAACCACUGAAGGGGUUAAUUUCAAAGCUAUGUGGGAUCAAGAAGAAUUCAUAAAUGUAAAUAACAUCACAUCCAAUGAUAUUUAUCAAGUGUUGAAAACCUAUGGUGUUGAAGCUGCUAGAAAUACCAUUGUUAGAGAAAUUAAUAACGUUUUCGAAAGAUAUGCUAUUAAUGUCUCAUCAAGACAUUUAGAUUUAAUUGGUGAUAUGAUGACAAGAGAAGGUACUUAUUUAGCUUUUAACAGACAAGGUAUUGAUACUUCAACAUCUCCUUUCAUGAAGAUGUCUUAUGAAACUACUUGUCAAUUCAUUACUAAAUCUGUAUUAAAUGGAGAUAUUGAAGAAUUAGAAUCUCCUUCAGCAAAAAUCGUUUUGGGUAAACUAUCAAAUGUUGGUACGGGUACAUUUGAUUUGUUAACCAAAUUGAAUUAG